AUGGGAAAGGGUCACAAAACUCUCAAUCGAAUACAGAGCGCCGUUUUCCGGAUCGCGUACAAAACCCAUGAGAACAUGCUGAUUGGUGCUCCUACUGGUGCACCGCUGAAAUCGUACGUAAAACGGGCAAAAGGUUGGGCUGGCUGGUUGGGAACAGCCGUUAAGGAAAUGACCAAUGAUAUGCAAUUGACCAGAGAUGAAAUCAAUGCAACCCACCACAUCGUUACCACACCUGAAAAGUGGGAUGCCGUCACGCGUAAAUCCUCGGGUGAAGAGGGUCAAGUCGCAAGAGUCGGAUUAAUAAUCAUCGACGAGGUCCAUCUCCUCCACGAAGACCGAGGGGCUGUUAUUGAGACUAUCGUUGCCCGAACCUUGCGACAGGUUCAAUCAUCUCAAUCGUUGAGUCCAAUUGUGGGGCGAUCGGCCACCUUACCCAAUUACGUUGACGUAUCAGAUUUCCUCAGGAUAAACAGAAUGCAAGGCUUGUUUUUCUUCGAUAUCAGCUUUCGGCCUGUUCCUCCAGAGCAAUAUUUCGUUGUCGUUCGCGGUAAACCUAACUCGGCAACCUCAACCACUAAUCUCGACAAGGCCACAUUUGAGAAAGAUGAUCCAUUACAAGGUGGCAAGAGACAUACGCUAAUCGAUAUCGCUGCCAAGAAACUCCGCCAGAUCGGAAUGAUCGGUUUCGACCAAGAGACAGGAUCUCUUCAUCCUACCGAGCUCGGCAGGAUCACAUUCAAGUAUUGCAUCAAGCAUUCGACUAUCAACAUCUUUCACCAGUUGUUCCUGCCCAAAAUGACCAAUGCCGAUGUGCUAGCCAUGCCCAGUCGGAGUGUAGAGUUCGGUCAGAUCAAAGUCCGAGAUUCUGAGUUGGAUGAGCUAGAGCACUUACAGGUUCUUCGGCACUACCACCUUCAAGGGAAAAAAAGGCAAUAA